AUGGUUGCUGGUGCUGCUUCGCUCGCCCAGCGAGCUCGUCUCCGCGCCACACCGCUGCUCGCUUCGGCUGCUCGCUCGUCGACUCGCGCUGCGUCCGCCUCGAGAAGCUUCUCCGUCGCUGCUUCGGCAAGUCCGAGGACGGCCAAAUUGAGGACAACGUUGAACUACGACUCAGCCACUUUCCCACGAGCUAGCAUCGCUUUCCCUGCUCAGUCGACUCUGUUGGCUGGAAAACCGUUCUCAUCCACAAUCGCACAUCGAAGUCUCUCGCUCUGGGGCUCGUCCAACGACAAGUCGUCCAGCUCCCAGUCCACUGACGCAUCCGCACUUAAUUCCGAACUGCACACCACAAAAGACGAGGCCGUAAAGGCUGCCGACCAGCUCAAGCAGUCCACCGAAGGAGCACUGCACGAUGCCAGCUCGACUGUCUCCGAUGGCUUGCACUCGGCAGAACACGCUGCUUCGGAUGCCGUUCACACUCUGCAGGCGAAAGCAUCCGAAGUCACCGCCACUUUGACCGAGCAGUUCAGCAACGUCGACCACGCCGCUGCCUCCACCGUCACCGAAGCCUUCACUGGCGCUGCGGGGAUCAAGGUGGGAGAACUGUCCGAGCUCGGCCUGAACCGCUGGGUCUCCCCACCUGGCUGGAUCACCAACUUGCUCGAGUUCGUCGGUAACACCACCGGUCUUCCCUGGUGGGGUACCAUCGCUAUCACCACCGUUGCACUUCGUCUGCUCAUCGCACCCAUCAGCAUCUCGGGUCAGAAGAACGCCAUCCGUCUCGGCAACAUUCAACCCCAGAUGAAGCGCAACAUGGACGACAUCAAGCACUACAAAGCCGCCGGGGAUCAGAUGCAGAUGCAGAAGGCCGUCAUGGCCACCCAGAAGCUGCUCCGUGACAACAACGCCAACCCGAUCAAGUCUCUCGUGCCCAUCCUGUUCCAAUUCCCGCUCAUGUUCAGCUACUUCCUCGCCUUGGAGCGUAUCGCCAAAUCGGGCGCUACGAGCUUUGCCCACGGCGGUCCCUUCUGGACUCCGGAUCUGACCGUCCCCGAUCCGACGUGGAUCCUCCCCGCCGUAUCCACGCUUGCCACGUUUGCCGUCGCCGAGCUCGGUUUCAAGGUGGGAACCAACAACCAGUCCGAUCCCGCACAGAGCCAGAUGAUGAAGUAUAUCUUCAGAGGUUUCAUGCCCAUCCUCGCCUGGAUCUCCACCACCUUCCCCUCCGGUGUGCUGGUCUACUGGGCCACCACCAACCUCUACUCUCUGUUCCAGCUUGCUAUUCUCCAGGUGCCCAUCGUUCGCCAAUGGGCGAGAUUCCCCAAGCGCAUCAACCACCCCAAGAACCCGUACCAGGAGGAGGGAAAGACGUUUAUGGACAAGAUCAAGGCUGCUAAGGAUCAGCUUUCGGAUUCGUCGACAGCAAAGACGGUUAAGCCUGUGGUCAGUAGCACGCGCGCCAGCAGCAGCAGCGCAGGUGCUUCCGCCAGGUCAGACGCUUUGAAGGAGAUCUUGGACGACAAGGCCGCGUACGAGGCUAGCUCGUCAAGUGCCGAGGCGGAUUCGGCCGCGGCUCAGAGGAAUCGUGAGCGCGUGUUGAAGGCUCGUCAACGUCGUGCUCGUCAAUAG